AUGACCAAGUAUUACAGAUACUGGCAGGAAGGACAAGAUGAAAAGCAUCUUAGGAGAGAGAUCCAGAAAGAGAAGCACAACACGUAUCUCUUGGCUUUGGAUGGGGACACAGACUUCCAACCAGCGGCUGUGAUGCUGCUUAUCGAUCGUUUGAAAAUGUAUCCCCGUGUUGGUGCAGCAUGUGGCAGAAUUCACCCCACUGGAUCAGGUCCUGCUGUUUGGUUCCAGAAGUUUGAGUACGCUAUCAGUCACUGGCUGCAGAAGACAGCUGAGCAUGUCUUUGGCUGUGUACUGUGCAGCCCUGGUUGCUUCAGUCUGUUCAGAGCAGAGGCGCUAAUGGAUGAUAACGUGAUGAAGAAAUAUUCAACCAAAUCCACAGAGCCCAGUCACUACAUCCAGUAUGACCAAGGUGAGGACCGCUGGCUGUGCACUCUGCUGCUGAAACAAGGCUGGAGAGUGGAAUACAAUGCAGCAUCUGAUGCCUACACCAACGCACCAGAAAGCUUCAAGGAGCUUUAUAACCAGCGGAAACGAUGGGGGCCUUCCACAAUGGCAAACGUUGUGGAUCUGCUGGGCUCAACCAACAUUGUCUCCAAACGGAACUUAUCCAUGUCCAAACUGUUCAUGUUCUACCAGCUGUUCGGCAUGAUCUCUGCCAUUCUUGCUCCAUCCACCAUCUGCCUCAUGGUUGCAGGUAGUUUGUCCUUCAUCUUGGAAAUACCUUCUCCUGUGGCUCUGAUCAUAGCUGUGAUACCUCCUGCCGUUUACUUGGGUCUUUGCUUUAAACUCAAAGCAGACACUCAGAUCACUAUUGCAGGGAUUCUUAGUGUUGCAUAUGCAUUCCUCAUGGUGGUGGUGGCAAUAUCCAUUAUUGCCUCAAUAAUUAAGGAGAAGACCAUUCUGACACCCAGCAGCAUUUUCACCGUGGCCAUGUCAAUCAUUUACAUUGUGACCGCACUGAUGCAUCCCCAGGAACUUCCUUUAGUGUUUUAUGGCUUACUCUACAUCAUCUGCAUCCCAAGUGCCUACCUCCUGCUCACCAUCUACUCCAUGGUCAACAUGAACAGUGUCUCAUGGGGAACCAGAGAAUCAAAACCGACUCCAGGGGCUGCAGUGACAGCAGUCUCCGCCGUCCAAGCAAAAACAAAAAAAGGUAGGACAGAAAAAGGUAGUGCUACAUAAUGCUGUUUUUUCCCAGCAAAUCUAAAAGUUUUACCCUGG